AUGGUAGAUUGGAUUUUCCUCGUGGAUGCGCAGGAUCUUCGUGGAGCCGAGUGUCUGGGAUUGUCCCAGCUCCCGGGCCGUUCUGGGUCCAAUCGUGUCUUGGCGGAGGAGUGUGUGCGCGUUGCCACUUUAAAAAUGAAAACAUUCCUCAACCUCCACCGUACGGACAGCACCGCCGGCCCCGAGAUUCCCCUGACGCCACUGUCGUCCGUGCCGAGUUCCGCCCGAGACCAUGGCGAGGCGCCGCCGCCACAAUCCGCAAUUCCGGCCUCGCGUUCCGCCGCCGCGGGCCGACGGUCGCAUCAAGAUCGAGACGGACGAGAUGCAGAGGUGACGGAGACCGCGACAAGGACGACGAGAACAACGGCGGAUCCCCGAGGAACACGCGGCGCCGGAUGGGAGGAUGAACGGCACCGGGGGCGGCGGAGGCGACACGACGCGUACCGGGGCGGAGACGAGGAGGAGGAAGACGACGACGACGACGAAAACGAUGCGAGAUACCCGCGCCAGAGAUUGGUUUGUGGGUUUUGCGCGCCUCCGACUUUUACGCUGCUCGUUGCGGCGUUUGCGAUGGCGUUGCCGUAUUGUGGAGCGAUUGCUAUCGCGGGGUUGGCGGUUCACCCUGUCCCUUCGGAUUCCUUGCUCAAUAGCUCCGCCUUCAUCGUGCUCCUCACCAUCGCAGCCGAAAUCAUCUUAUCCAUCCCCGUCCUGCUCCUCCUCGCCCGCUCGCCGUGGACCAAGUCCCACGCCCUAGAGUGGAUCCUCGGCUGGAUGGGCGUCAUCUCCACGAGCGCGCUAGCGUCCGGCGUCUACGUCUUGCUCAACAUACAGAUGCUGCGAAGCUUUGCGUCUUGCCGGGAAGUCGUGGGAAACGCUGAGGACGGCGACGAGGGCGACCGGCCGGAAGACUGCGGGGACGUCAAGGGCGAGGGCGGACUCAAGGUGCUGGAAGCCAUGGCGGGGCUGAGGGUGCUUAUCAUGAUUACGUAUGCCAUGAAUCUGCUUUGGUUCUGGGCGUGGAAAGUAAGCGUACGGCAGUAUAUAUGA